GCUCGGGACCCAUCGUUGGACAAGUGCCCCCUGUUGAUUGCACUAGCUGAUUUCCAUCAUACGGUGACUGCUAUGGCCUUAGCUGAAUCACCAUCCAACAUUGUGGAGGAUGUCAUGAAGGAAGACGCGGAGCAUAGCGCCCAACAGGCAGAGGUCUACAGUCUUUUGGUGAUCUCUACCGAUUUACUUGAGAAGGCCUGGAGCUUCGGCCUUGAGCAACACUCGACAUUGACCGGUGCUGGGGGUGCUAGUGACGAUGGUCUGCUCAUGAUGCUCACUCGAUGUGGCCUUACCUCACAGUGCCUCGAGGUGUUGUCUGUGUCCACUGUUGCUCGGGAUAGCGCGGUGACAUACACCAACAAAGACGGUGAGGGUCUGCUCCACAUAGCGGCCUCGGCUAUCGACUUCCAAGUAUGCGAUAGUGCAGUCGACCUCGGGGCUAAUGUGACAACCAAGGAUGGCAAAGGGCACACUGCUAUCAUGAGAGCUCGCAACUCUGGGGCUUCCUUUCCUACCAACCAUUACCUAGCAUGCCAUCUUGCACUGAAGGCUUCAGAUCUAUAUGCUGUUGUGGAUGCCGUGGAAGGAGCCUGGCUGGCUCGUCUGACUCCUCCGUACACUAGUGCGCCUUCCCCUAUAGUUCUUGCUGCUGUUCAAACGUUGGUGACCAAGUUGACGCAGAAGCUACAAGAGGCACUAGCGAAGGAGGAUGUCUCCCAGCUGGAGGAGUCGAUCGAGCUCGUGAAGUACAGCAGGAUUCAAGGUAUGCCUGAUGAGGCCCGAGCUAUCUGCACGAUGUCAAGAUUGAAGCUUAUUCGAGGAGUGGAGGCUGCCAACGAGCUGGAACUGAAGCAAGCCAUUAUCAAUGCCAAACAGUACAAGGUGUCUGCUGUACUCAGCGAGGAACUUGCAUCGGCCGAGGUUGCCCUCAAGGGUGUGGUCCAGCAGAAGGCUGUGACCAGGGCUACCGAGGACCUCCAGAGGGCUCUUGACUGCGGAGAUCCCCACCAGCUAUGUCGAGCCGUUGUGGAGUACACGAUGUUUCUAUGA